UCUGGGGGAGUAACCAACAAGAAAAACUGCAAAAAUGUAUGACGGAAACGCUGCAAUUGAUGCGGUAUAGCGGUGCAGAGCCUGUCAGUAGAAUCCGCAGUUUGAUAUCCUGCAGGUUUUAUUUGUUGCUUUUUUAAUUGUAGAAUUUAAAGCUGGUUAUGAGCCGUGACAAUAAAUAUCAGGAUUAGCAAGAUUGUACAGUUCGCAUAUUAUUGUUGAAAGAUGUCCAAUAUUUUGCAUGCAGCCGCUAAAGUGAAAUGGAACCAGUCAACUGCAGCAAAACGAGCUGCGUUUCUUGCAGCUGCUGCCUAUGGAGUGAAAACACUGUACCCCAUAAUUUGCAAGCAGAUCAACAAAAGAUCAGAGACAGUGAAAUCAAAAGCCUGCACAUCAGAGGAAGAAAACGGAUUAUUGUUACAAGGAUCCGAAAUAGCACCAACAAGAUCUCCGGGUGUAAAUGCAGAGUUUUUUAACCAGAUUCUUCAACUUGUAAAAAUCCUCUUCCCAAAGCUCGUCACUAAAGAGCUGGGACUGCUUUGCUUACAUUCUUUGGCUUUAAUCUCCAGAACGUUUUUAUCUAUUUAUGUGGCCGGUUUGGACGGCAAAAUCGUGAAGACUAUAGUUGAAAAGAAACCGAGGAGCUUCGUCAUCAAAUUAAUGAAAUGGCUUCUUAUAGCCAUACCGGCCACAUUUGUCAAUAGCGUAAUACGUUAUUUGGAGUGUAAGCUUGCUUUGGCCUUUCGCACUCGCCUUGUGGAUCAUGCGUAUAAAACAUAUUUCACAAAUCAGACAUACUAUAAAGUCACCAAUAUGGACGGGAGACUGGCGAAUCCAGACCAAUCCCUCACUGAGGACAUCAUGAUGUUUUCACAAUCGGUUGCGCAUUUGUAUUCCAACCUUACCAAACCAAUUUUAGAUGUGAUACUAACUUCUUACACCCUCAUUCAAACUGCUAGAUCAAGGGGGGCCAACGCAUCAGGACCAACCUUGUUAGCCGGACUAGUGGUGUAUGCUACGGCGAAGGUUCUGAGAGCAUGCUCCCCGAAAUUUGGGAAACUGGUGGCAGAGGAGGCACACAGGAAAGGCUACUUGCGUUAUGUGCAUUCCCGUAUCAUUGCCAAUGCUGAAGAGAUCGCAUUUUACAGAGGGCACAAGGUGGAGAUGAAGCAGCUGCAGAAAUGUUACAAGGCCCUUGCUGAUCAGAUGCACUUAAUUUUGUCAAAGCGCCUUUGGUACAUCAUGAUAGAGCAGUUCCUGAUGAAGUAUGUGUGGAGCAGCUGUGGCUUAGUCAUGGUGGCAGUACCCAUAAUCACAGCCACUGGUUUUGCUGAUAACGAGUUAGAAAAUGGACAAACACAGGUUUUGGUUAGUGAAAGAACUGAAGCUUUCACUACAGCUCGUAACCUAUUGGCCUCCGGAGCUGAUGCUAUUGAGAGAAUAAUGUCAUCCUACAAAGAGGUCACUGAACUUGCGGGCUACACUGCUCGAGUCCAUAAUAUGUUUUUGGUCUUCGAUGAAGUACAGAAAGGAGUUUACAAGAGAUCCACUGUUACUCAGACUGCUGCAUCAGAUAACACAAGUGCAGCUAGACCUGAAAUGCACAUCAAUGGCCCCCUUGAAAUCAAAGGACAUGUCAUUGACGUGGAUAACGGGAUCAUAUGUGAAAAUGUUCCAAUCAUCACUCCCAAUGGUGAUAUGGUUGCUUCCAGCUUAAAUUUUAAGGUGGAGGAAGAGAUGCAUCUCCUAAUCACUGGUCCUAAUGGCUGUGGCAAGAGUUCUUUAUUCAGGAUUCUGAGUGGUCUGUGGCCUGUCUAUGGUGGGCUUCUAUACAAGCCUCCGCCCCAGCACAUGUUCUAUAUUCCACAGAGACCCUACAUGUCGAUAGGAACUUUGCGGGAUCAAGUCAUAUACCCCGACUCUGUAGAAGACAUGCAUGACAAAGGCUACAGAGACCUGGACCUGGAAAUCAUUCUGGACAUUGUCACUUUGAAUCAGAUAGUUCAGAGAGAGGGUGGUUGGGAUGCAGUUAUGGAUUGGAAGGAUGUUUUGUCUGGUGGAGAGAAACAGAGGAUGGGCAUGGCAAGGAUGUUUUAUCACAGACCAAAAUAUGCUUUACUAGAUGAGUGUACAAGUGCUGUCAGCAUUGAUGUGGAGGGAAAGAUUUUUCAGGCUGCAAAGGAUGCUGGGAUUUCUCUGCUUUCUAUUACACAUAGGCCGUCCCUCUGGAAGUACCACACUCACCUCCUGCAGUUUGAUGGUGAAGGCGGUUGGCGUUUUGAACAGCUGGAUACAGCGACUCGACUCUCCCUCGCAGAGGAGAAACAAAGGCUUGAGUCCCAGCUCGCCGGGAUUCCCAAAAUGCAACAUAGACUCAAUGAACUGUGCAAGAUCCUGGGGGAGGACUCUGUCCUCAAGACUACAACUCUCGAGGACGAGGAUUAAACAUUUUCCCUUUUCUAGCCGAGGGAACAAAGAAGCAAACCCAAACAAGUGAUAAAAAGGGUGCAUAUUUCACAUCAUGUUUGAUUGUAUAUUAUUUGCUUAAUCUGACUUCAGUACCACUUUUUUCAUUUAAUAGUCUAUUGUUAAACAAUUUUACCAUAUUACACUAGAAUUCUUGUAAAACGUAGUGAUGUAUUGUAACUAUACAGUACGUGUUUACAAACACUAUCAAAGAUUUUAGCACUUUACCCAAUCUUACAAGAUUGUUUGCAAAAACUAAAGUUGCAACACUUUGAGCUAGUACCUUUAGGCGGAAAGAAAAUAUAAGAAAAACUGUUUACUCUGUUUAGUAUACUGUGCUAAAUUCUAUGAUAGUUUUUUAAAUUUUAGUUUUUUCUGAACCUUAUUUUAUGUCAGAGCCUAGACUGUCAAAAACAGUGUGUGAUAUAUGCAAAAACAUAAAGUCCUGGGUUUAUCAAGGUAUGUCUGCCAAAAUGCAAUUAGCAUAUUUUUUUGGUUGAAAGAAAAUCAAACUGUUAAUGUUACAAAACUAGAUAACACUAAGUUUGUAACAGCUUCUUCAUUUUUCUUUUACAAAAAUGCAGCACAUUUUGACACCUUUAUUGUUUUUGCAAUAAAUUAACUAUCUUGAUAUUUAACAAAUGGUGACUUUAUCUACAUUCUCCUGUCCACGCUAAGGACUUCCUAAGAUAAUUUACCUAUAGCCACUUUUAUAUUGGGACAUACAGUACCUUGUGCAUUAACAAAUACAGGUAAGAAAAUUGUCAAAUCUAAGUAAUGCAUUUUAAAUUUAGUGAAUGAGGGCAAACAUAUUUUAUUAUUGAGGGGGGCAGCUUUGACCACAAUCCGCUGGAAGGAUAUCAAGAUGAACUAGGAUCAGCAAUCAUUUAGAAUCAGAACAACGGGGAUACAAUAUCUUAAUUAACAUCUGUACAUGACUUGUAUUGUGAUACAGAGAUUCUGCAUUGUCAUUCAUUACCAAGAGCACAUGGUUAUUUACUGUCAACAUAAUGGUUCUUGAUUGAUGUGAAAUAUAGUCUGGCAUACAUGCAUGUCAUUAAUGAUAAUUUUAUCUUGGUAAAUAUCAUACAAAGUGUCCCAUCAGGACCACAUAUCGUUGCAUAUCAUGCAUGUGGUCAAUUUGAUACUAAGCAUAUCUUUUGUGAGCUAAAGGAACAAUGAUAUUAAACUAGAAUAUUACUGACAAAAGAAAUUGUCCAUCUGAACUAGCCCCAAACUCUUAGUAAAAAUGUUGUUUUACUGUGAAUUUUACGUUUGUGCAUUGUUUUAUGAAAAUUUUAUAAUGUCAUUCCGGUGAGCUCCUAUGACUGGAAAAAGACAUAUUUUAAUCUUUUAUUAUUAUUAUUAUUUUUUUAAUUAUCAGAUUGAAAUUAUAGGGUUUUCUAAAAUGUUUAUUUGAAACUAACAGCAACAAAAUGUAUGCUUUUAUUUGGUAAAAUGUAUUGUGCAAUGCAAUUUUGCAGCAUUGUGUGAAUGUAUAGAAAUGAUCAGGUUGGGUACUUAUUAAGUUACUUAAAUGUUUCUAUCUAUUUUUAGUCACAACCUAAAUGCAACCCCUCUAACAAAUCCCCUGUGAAUCCUGACUGCUAUUUGGGUGUAACUGUAAUGGGCUAUACUGGCUAAUAGUGAUAUGCCCAUACCACUCAGGCUCAGCAUGGCUAUUAUUGAGUGGGAUGAAAUGUUUUUGUAAUAUGUGCUUUCAUAAUAGUAAGUGGGAGUCUUUCCCACACUUUGACUGACUGUGGGAAACUUUGGGUAGUUGGAAGAGAAGUACUGCUAAAUCUGUUCCUAAAUCCUGAGUCCUGCAAUAUCAGGGAAUCUAUAACUUUAACCGAACUGUUGCUGGCCUCGAACCAAUGUACUGUACAUUUACCAUCCUUUUGUAAAUGUAGUUAGGUAGGAGCAUGUGCAUAAUUAGUAUAUAAUGUUUGUAACUUUCAAAAAAUAUUUUUUCAUUGUUUCCUAAUCCUAUACCUCAGGCUGAUUUUCAUCAGAAUGAAGCAGAAAACAAAAUCAAAUAAUGAAUGUGUAUUUAAUGUUAUGGUUUGUGAAUUGAAAGAAUAAUAGUGAAUGUGCUUAUGCAUGAUAUGGCUAUCUGAUGGAAAUGUUCUCUAUAUUUUGGCGUAAGCGUCCAGUUUUUCUAGUUUAAAGAAACAAUCUGUUCGGCACACACUGUACUUGGCAGCUCAAUAGGGUUGUAAUUUUUCACUAGUGUAACUACUUAAAAUGGUGCACUGCUAUAUUAAAGAAGUUCUUUGCC